GCUAUUACGAGUAUUGUAUGCGACAGUCAAAACGCGGCUGUUUCGUUGCAGGGACAUUUCAUUUUCUAAGGUAUAGUUGAUGACAAAAUCGAUAUAAAGAUGUCAGACGACGAGGACGCCCCUAUGGUGAAGAAGACUCGCAUCUUCUAUGGAAGUCUGGAGGAAAAAGAGCGAGAGCGCCUGGCCCAAGGGUCCGGAGGGUCGGGGAAAGAUGGCGUCAAAGCUGGGAUCGAGGCUGGAAACAUCAACAUCUCUAGUGGAGAGGUGAUGGAGAUGGAGGAGAGGGUGAGUGAGCGGCAGUUGGAGGUGCUGGCGGACUUUGAGCGUCGUAAGAGGGCGAGACAGAUCACGGUUUCCACUGACGAUGUGGAGGUGAAAGCCUGCCUACGAGCCCUCGGGGAGCCCAUCACGCUCUUCGGAGAGGGACCCGCAGACAGAAGAGAGCGGUUAAGGGCCGUCCUGUCAGUGGUGGGGCCUGAUGCGCUGAAGAAGUCCAAAAAAGAGGAGGAGAAAGCCAAGCGUUCACAGGACGAGUGUCAGCAGACGUGGUAUCACGAGGGCCCCGACACUCUCAAAGAAGCUCGUCUAUGGAUAGCUCACUAUUCUCUGCCCAGGGCGGUGGAGCGUCUGGAGGAGGCCCGGAACCUGAAGGAGAUUCCAGAGUCCAUACGCACUGUACGCCAGCAGGAGCUACACAAGAACCUCCGGAAUCUGAAUAACUUGUGCAGUCAAAUUGGCGAUGACCGGCCCAUCUCAUUCUGUCAGUUCAGUCCCAACUCAAAACUACUAGUAACAGCGUCAUGGAGCGGCCUAUGCAAGCUGUGGAACAUUCCGGACUGUAGUCCAGUCCGCACACUGAGGGGCCACAACACCAAUGUGGGUGCUAUCAGUUUCCACCCCAAGGCCACCAUCUCCCAGGAGGAGUCGGACAUCAACAUGGCCUCCUGUGCUGCAGACGGCUCCGUCAAGCUCUGGAGUCUAGACAGUGACGAGCCCAUGGCGGACAUCGAGGGCCACUCCAUGAGGGUGGCACGCGUCACCUGGCACCCCUCUGGACGCUUCCUGGGCACCACCUGUUAUGAUAACUCGUGGCGCCUGUGGGAUCUAGAGGCGCAGGAGGAGAUCCUCCACCAGGAGGGCCACAGCAAGGGAGUCCACGACCUGCACUUCCACCCCGACGGCUCCCUCGCAGCCACCGGUGGUCUGGAUGCGUUUGGUCGUGUGUGGGACCUGCGGACUGGCCGCUGCGUCAUGUUCCUUGAAGGUCAUCUGAAGGAGAUCUACAGCGUUAACUUUUCACCCAACGGCUUCCACCUGGCGACAGGUAGUGGGGAUAACACCUGUAAGGUUUGGGAUCUACGGCAACGGAGAUGUAUCUACACAAUCCCAUCGCACCAGAACCUUGUCUCUGCUGUCAGGUUCCAGCCGACCGACGGCCACUUCCUGGUGACGGGCGCGUAUGACAACACGGCGAAGGUGUGGACACACCCGGGCUGGUCCCCGCUGAAGACGCUGGCGGGUCACGAGGGAAAGGUCAUGGGACUGGACGUAUCCCCGGACGGACAGUACAUAGCCACCUGUUCAUACGACCGCACCUUCAAAUUAUGGAUGACGGAAUAAUGUGCGUGCCUGUGUGUGUGUGUACAUCAGAGAGAGAGUGUGUUGGCUGGCUGGGUAUGUGAAUAACGGUCUGUAUAAGGGGUGUGCUGUAUGUGUGGUCAUAUAUGGGUGUAUGUAUAAGUGAGUUGUCGUGCAUGUAUAACUAAUAGACCACCAUGUUUCGCACAAGCAAAUCAGAAGUCCCUAUACCAUCUAUUAAGUGUCUGGCUGGCCAGUUGCCUGCAAGUGAGUGAGUCUACUUUAUUCCAAACAUGGGCUGGAUGGGUACAUCCUCUUUCUGAUUGUCAGUCUCUCCCUCCUCCAUGGCUAAAACCUUGCGAGUAAACCCUAUUUGUCGUCCCCCAUCGGGCAAGGCCAUCUCUACAAACCUGAUUUGUCUCGUUUCAUCAGGACAAAUUGAGACCAUCAAGAGAAUUGGAGUGGACAUUACCCAUUAUCCAGUCAAGUGUAAUUCUUAGGAGUCUGUCUGUUGUUUCUUCUUGUCACAUUGUACAUUUUUAGAAAAGGUUAAAAAAAAGACAGAUGGUUGUAGUUUUUUUAAAGAUGGCUCGAUUUUUCAAAUAUUUUUCUUCUUUAUUAAAAAAAAACUGAAACAGUCA